AUAUAUAGAAGACUUUAAGCAAACUCUACAACAGCAAGCAAUUAGACAGUUCAUUUUCCAACCAAGAAAUAAACAUUUCUCCUGGUAGCAAAAUGGUGGGAAUAUUUAUAAGUUUUGAUCAACUUCCAGAAGAUAUAAUCAUGGAGAUAUUCUCAAUUCUACCUGUGAAAUCUAUACUGAAACUCAAAUCUGUCUGCAAAUACUGGUACUUACUCAUUCAAAGUUCAACUUUUAUUAUCAAGCACUUCUGUCACAAAACCAAUCAUGCAGUUCCAUUUGUUCAUCUCUAUUUCUUGGACACAAAACAAUUAUCUCUCUCAACUGAUGAAUACCCUUUACUCCAAGAUUCUUACUUGCACAAAUCCACUUCUUUAAAGCCAGUGAUUGGCCCCUUAAAUGGCCUCUUUUUUGUGCACAAUCUUGAUAAGAAUGAUAUGGCUCUGUGGAACCCUGCAACAGAGGAAAUCAAGAAAAUAACAAUACCAAGUCCACCUUUUUAUCCUUCGCACCCGUAUCGGAUCCUUCAGAAAUGCACUACUUCUAAAGGUUCCGGCAUGCACCCGUUGACAUUUUUGAAGAGUCCGAGCAACACAAAUUUCAGCCUAUGUUGCUCGGACUCUCCAGAAAUGUUGCCGCACCCGUGUCGGAUCCUCGAGAAACACACUGCUUCUGAAGGUUCUGACACACACCCGUCGACAUUUUUAAAGGGUCCGAGCGAGAGAGAUUUUAGGUCUUAUGCUCAUCAUUUUGGAUUUGGAAUGGACCCUUUGAGUAAAGAUUACAAAGUUGUAUGGAUAAGAGAUUAUUUUUGGAAAGAAGAAACAUUUACAAGGAGUGCAUCCGCUGUUGUUUCAGUUUAUUCACUAAGUACUGAUUCUUGGAGGCAUUUUGAAGACAAUACAUUUUGGAGUAGUCAUAUAGUUAUGUCCUAUUUUGAUUCAUAUCUUGAUGGAUUUUAUUACUGGAAGAAAAUUGAUGGUGAACACAACUGUGAAAUUCUUGCAUUUGAUUUUAGAAAUGAAGAUUUUCAAGUGAUACAAACUCCGGAUGUGUUCAAUACAAAUUUAGGAACACUUGGUUUAUAUGAUGGUUCUAUUUCUAUGUUCUUUCAUUUUCUUGUUCAAAGCAAGACUUGUAUUGAGAUUUGGGUGAUGGAAAAGUUUGGAUUUUGGACCAAAAAAUUGGUUCUUGAAUCACCUUUGAUUGUUAAAAGACCAAUUGGAUAUGGUGUCAAUGGGGAGAUUUUUCUUGAAACUACAUCUUCAAAUCUUGCAAUGAUUGAUCCAACAACACAAGAAAUUGUUAAGUGCAUUGGACCAUUGGGAGAUAAUGGCUACUCUUUGCAAGUUCUUGCUUACAAGAAGAGCCUAGUUUCCACCAAGAAAUUGACCAAUAGUAACUUAACUAGAGGUUGGGUUUAAGCACUAAGAAUAGAAAAAUCCUCUGGUAUGGAGCGUUUCCUUUUUUAAUAGAUCUUACAUAGUGCGAUUCUAAACUAUUCAGAAUACUGAAGUGACUACCGGACAUCAGGUGAGAAACAAAAAAAACAAAAAAAGCAAAAAAAACUUGCCACGAUUGUGCCCUGGACCAUGGGGAUUUGGCUACUCUUUGCAAGUUCUUGGUUACAAGAAGAGCUUAGUUUCCAUCAAGAAAUUGACUCGCCAUGACUUAACUAGAGGUCUCGGAUUCGAGGCCUAAGAAUGAAAAAGAUUCUGGUAUAGAGCGCUUUCUCCUUUAAUGGAUCUUAUAUGGUGCAAAUCUGAACUAGUCAAAAUACUAAAGUGAGUACCGGCGAACGGUUAAGAAAAAAACAAAAACUUGCCAUGAUUUAUCCAAGUUCAUUGGACCAUUGGGGAAAUGGCUACUCUUUGCAAGUUCUUGUUCACAAGAACGUAAUUUCCAUCAAGAAAUUGACUAGUAGUGACUUGAGAAGCAUCUAAUCUUCUGUAUUUUCUUGUAGUGUUACUUAGUUAAAACAUUAUUUUGACA